AAUGUUUAACGCAACAUGUUAUGUACCUACAGCGCUGCUUUACUCACCUGUUAUUCCGUUUUCAGCGACCAAGAGCACGAACACACCUCCUCUUCUGUUACGAGAGACGAGGAAUCCUUCAAGGAGCUGUUCUCUGUGGCUCGGGACGCCAGCAUCAUUCCUGAUAUCUCCUUGGAUCCCGUCCUCGCCACCUUCCUCUCGCUGGAUUCCUCAGCCUCUCUGCAGUAUCAAUAUGACUUCUUACAGCGCAGCAUGAACGUGGAGCAGCAGGCCGCUUUCAACCUCAGUGUGACUGAAGAGCUGAGAGGCAGCAGCAGGGUCACCUGUGGAGGAGUCGGGGUUGUUGCUCUGGCUAUGUCUUUGCUUUUUGACCUGGUUUCCCAACAAGUCCGAUCACAAGGAUCCACAGUCCCAUCAGCCCAGAGACCCCAGGUCAAGAGCAUUUUUGGCAUCAGCAGUUCUUCAAGAAUUGGUUGGAUCAUCUACAGUUAUCUCCGCCUGAUCCCCGGCAUGGCCAACGACCAGGAGAAGCUGGCCGAGACCACGGAGCUCCACGACAACUGGCUGAAGCUUGAGCUGAUUGACCAUUAUGAAAGGAUGACCACGAAGAAGAGGAUGAGCACAGUGUCCAUGCAGGAGUGGCUGGCAGGAGCUGCUUUUCAUCUACACAUGAGGAUACACCAGGUUCGUCUGCACUCUGUGCCUCAGGGAUCAGCUGAGUCUCUGCGGCUGUCUUAUAAGACGGCAGUAGGUCGCCUGGUUCAGGGCUACACCGUCUAUCUGCACAGAAACGUCAGGGAGACUCCAGCAACCCGGAAACCUGGAACCAAGACAGCAGGCGGACCAGGACAAACAAACACAUCUAGCAGGACCAAUAUGACCUGCUCAAGUGAUCAGAUUUUUAAUGAAAGUCUGGUUGAUAUCUCUGAUGAUAAAUUUAAUGAAACCACAAUGCCCAAUUCAACUGCUGAAGCCUGUAAAUCAAACAGAUCCGGUGAAGACUUUGGACUUAAUGUGUCCAACAGAAGUGUUGAGACUCAAGAUGUAAACAGAGAGACACUCAAUAAUACGGCCGUAUAUGAGGACGUUCAGGGUGUGUUGGUUAUUGAACCAUUGAGGAAUGUGAGUCACAAUGUGCAGCAUCACCCCUGUGAGUCUCCGGCCAUACAACAAGCCUUGGUGACGCAGAUAAUGAAUGCUCAGGACCUGGAGAGGAACAGGAACUUCUUCCUCCACCCUGAGAAACUCUUCCACAGCCUGCUCAAGCAGAGGGACGACUUUGUGCUGAAGACAAACUAGACACAGUGGUAGAGAGCAACUAAAUAUGAUUACUCGAGUACUUUGCUUAAGUACAAAUAUGAGAUUCUUGUGGUGCACUUGCAUGUUUUUAUGCACUGUUCACCCCUCUACCGCACAUUUAUAUGAAUAGAUUUUAUAUAUGUAGAUUUCAUCCUUAUGUAUUAACUUCUGCUUAAAAUAAAAUGGAACAAUGUAGACAUACAUUUACAUUACAGUGACAAAGCCAAACAGCAAGUGGAAGGACAUUAAAGCACAUUUAAAACACAGUCACACAACAGGUUACCCCACAUGAUGUUAACCUGGCCCCAGGAUAUGAAUACUGUUCCAGCUAUAAACUCCUGUUUAUGCAUCACAUGACAUCACCAAAAUAUGUCUCACAAUAUUGCCGUUUAUUUUUAAUUUUUAAAGAAAUCUUGCAAUAAGUUCUGUUUUGGUAACAGUGAGGUUGAAAUUAUAUGAUGAUUCUUUUAAGAA